ACCUUCACCUAAUCGAUAAAAGUUUUAAGGAGUUCAAGCUCUGCAUAGAUGACAUUCUUCGUAGAAUAGAAAAUAUAAGGCUAGUUGUAGAUAGUAAUAAGGCUAUAUGUUGUGAGUAUAUUUCAAUAAUCCUUCAUACUGCCAUCAGCAUUCUCAGAGGAUUGGUAAUCUUGCCUCAGAUGAAUGUAUCUG